UUUUUAAACAAAUUGAUUCUUGCAAUAUCCCGUUUCUAGUCCUGAAAUUGCCCAGAGGGCAUACUGAAGCAGAACACCAAACAUGACCGAGAACGCGUCCAUGAAUGGCGCUGCGACACCACUUUCCUCGAGGUUGAGCAAUUUGGCUCUGACGGAAUACUCUGCUAUUCCGACUCCUACUUCGGAGAAGGAAGAAUACAAAGGACCCGACAGUCCACCCGCGUGGGAUAUCCCUGAUGCUUUCUUACUUCCCAAUGGCUACCCGGAUUAUCUUAAACUGAUUUUGACUUCCCGCGUCUACGAGAUCACUACCGAGUCCCCUCUCCACCAUGCAGUCAAUCUCAGUAACCGAAUGGAAUGUCGAGUGCUUCUCAAGCGGGAAGACCUGCUACCUGUAUUCAGCUUCAAACUCCGCGGAGCAUACAACAAGAUGGCUCAUUUGACCGACGAGCAGCGAUGGAAAGGCGUGAUUGCUUGCUCAGCAGGCAAUCAUGCUCAGGGUGUCGCGUACUCUGCCCGCAAGCUCAAAAUUCCCGCUACCAUUGUCAUGCCCUCCGGCACCCCAGCGAUCAAACACUUGAAUGUCGCUCGCCUUGGCGGUAGUGUUGUCCUUCAUGGAAACGAUUUCGACGCUGCCAAAGAAGAAGCUCACCGCCGGGAAAAGCAGCACGGUCUUACAAGCAUUCCCCCCUUCGAUGACCCGUACGUUAUUGCUGGACAAGGAACCAUCGGAAUGGAGAUCUUGCGCCAAGCGAAUCUGGACAAGCUGGAAGCUGUCUUUUGCGCCGUUGGCGGAGGAGGUCUGAUCUCCGGUGUUGGCGUUUACAUCAAGCGCAUUGCGCCGCAUGUCAAGGUCAUUGGUGUGGAGACCCACGACGCCAACGCAAUGGCCCAGUCUCUUGAUGAAGGCUCUCGUGUGUUGCUGAACGAGGUCGGCCUCUUUGCAGAUGGCGCUGCGGUCAAGAGUGUGGGGUCGGAAUGUUGGCGCGUGGCCCGCGAGGUAGUAGAUGAGAUUAUCUUGGUUUCAACCGAUGAGACUUGCGCUGCGAUCAAGGAUGCAUUUGAGGAUACACGCUCGAUCAUCGAACCCGCUGGUGCGCUGGCCAUUGCAGGAUUAAAGAAAUAUGUCGCCAAGCGCCCCAGCCCCAACACCAGCCGUGAACUGGUUGCAAUCACCUCGGGAGCAAAUAUGGAUUUUGACCGGCUGCGGUUUGUUGCGGAACGCGCUGCCUUGGGGGAGAAAAAGGAAGCUCUUCUGAGCGUAAAAAUCCCUGAACAACCGGGCGCUUUCGCCAAGCUAGUGGAGGUCGUCCUUCCGCAUGCUGUAACCGCAUUCAACUACCGGUAUGCUGAUGAAACAACUGCCGAUGUUCUCAUGGGUAUCUCCUUGUCCGCUUCAACAGGUCAAGAAGACCUGGCUAAGAUUAUGACGGAAUUAACCCGAAACGGCAUGGACUCGAAGGAUCUCAGCGAUGAUGAGCUUGCUAAACGGCACCUGCGCUUCUUGGUUGGCGGACGCAGUGAAGUGAAGGAUGAGCGCCUGUUCAUGUUCGAGUUCCCCGAGCGUCCCGGAGCGUUAGCCAAAUUUCUCAGGACGCUUCGUCCUAGCCAGAACAUCUCUCUAUUCCACUACCGGAAUUACGGCGGCGAUGUUGGCAAGGUUCUGGCGGGUAUUCAGUGCCCGGAAUGCGAGAAGGAACAACUUGAGGCUUUCCUCAAGGACCUUGGAUACCCAUUUACCGAGGAGACGCAAUCCGAAACUUACAAGACUUUCCUUCGUCGUUGAAGAUACUUGAAUAUGCGGUUCGGAGUCAUGCCUUGCCCACUAUACAGAGCGAGUUAAUUGGCGUUUGGAUUGGUUCAGGGCGGAACUAGGUAAUACUUUUGCUUUGUUUGUGCAUUCAUUGUAGUAUAGUUGCAAACUUCUUGUUUAUGCCAACUUUUAGACCUUUUAUUUUAUGAGCCCCUGCUCACUAUAUCAAGAGAGUUACCGAGCAAUUCAGC